CAAGUUGGAGGUGAUGAAACUAUCCUGAUUAGUCAUAAAGCCGUGAGUCCUCAUGAAUAUCAAUUGUUUUCAUAUGCAACUAAAAAUUUUGAAAAGUAUCCUUUUAAGAAACCUACUAAAGUUAUAUUUGAAGUUUAUGAUGAUAUGUCUCAUGUCUUUAUUUAA